AUGGCGCUCUGCCUGCGCAGCCUUGCCACCCGUGUAGCGUCACAUCCACCACCAUCGCACUCCAUCCGCUCUGCAGCUCGCCAUUCGCAGAUCCUCAACGACUGCGCCUCAGCAAGACUCGGCACUCAGGAAAGAGGUCUCAGGAGUAUCGCCGACCUCGAGGAUCUGACCAAAACCAAGGAUACGCAAAGGCAGCUUAUCAAGGCUCAGAUAGAGGAGCCAGACGUCAUCAUGAGCACGCCCAUUUCUUCUGCGCCCCCCGCAGUGCCAGAUCAGCCAGAUGCCAGCGCCUCGUCGGGCGCACUUCCCGCUGCUUCCGCGCCUCCUUCGAUCAUCUUGACGCUCUCGUGUCCUGACAGACAGGGCAUUGUCCACAAUGUCUCUGGCUGGCUCGCCUCCCGUGGCCUGAACAUCCGAGACUCGGCGCAGUAUGGAGAUCCCGUCACUUCGACCUUCUUCAUGCGAGUUCACGCAGAGGCUUUCAAGGGAGCCAACAAGGGAGCAGGUCUCACAGUGGACAGACUGAAGGAAGAAUUCCAAAGGGACAUGGCAAGCGAGCUGGGAAUGCAAUUCGAAGUUCGUGAGGAUACCUACAAACCCAGGACCCUCAUCAUGGUGUCCAAGAUCGGACACUGUCUCAACGAUCUCCUCUUCAGGGUCUCGUCAGGAACGCUGCCUAUCGCGGUGCCAUUGAUCAUUUCCAACCACAACGACUAUGCUCCUCUUGCCAAGGCUCACAACAUCCCAUUUUACCAUUUGCCUAUUAGCGUGAAGGAGGGCAAGACCAAGGAGAUGCAAGAAGCAGAGAUCCUGCGUUUGGCAGAGGAAUACAAGAUCGAUCUGGUCGUCCUGGCAAGGUAUAUGCAGGUAAGUAUAGCUGCACGGAUUCAAGCUGCGUAGAGACAUGAACUGAGAUUAGAGCCUGCAAUGCACGCGUCUCCAUCUUCGCAGAUCCUUUCGCCUAAGUUGUGCGACAUCAUGUCCGGUCGAAUCAUUAACAUCCACCACAGUGUCAGUUCGGCUCCUCCUCGCUGAUUGACGCUCAAGUCCUGCUCUGACACUCCUUUCAACUCUUCCCGAGGGGUCUCAGUUCCUACCGGCUUUUGUUGGCGCUAAGCCCUAUCACCAGGCCCAUGCACGCGGCGUCAAACUGGUGCGUAUCAAGCAUGCACGCAACUUGGCGAUGGCCACAGCGAUCAAGCUUCUCGCCUUUUACCUGAAGGCUGUGCUCUUCGCUCACGCCUUCCGUCAUUUCUUUAGAUUGGCGCAACUUCUCAUGUCGUGACACGAGACUUGGACGAAGGACCGAUUAUCGAGCAAGACGUCGAACGGGUCACUCAUGCCGAUAGUCCGGCGGACCUGGUUCGCAUCGGGGCAGACAUCGAAGCCCGCGUCCUAGCCAGGGCUGUCAGGUGGUUCGCCGAACAUCGCGUCUUGCUCAACGGCAACAAGACUGUCGUCCUGUAG